UGACAGCGGAGCUACCUGGGUAAGAGCUAUCUGUCCGCGGGCUGCUGCGCUCGCACCGCUUGACGAAGGGAAGCCAGCUGUGUUAAUGCCUAGGCUCCUUGACUAACAGGUCAGCCAGUCGCUCGAUGGGGAGCAACGGUGGACCCCCUCCCCGUGUCGCCGUCCCGCCCGUGUGCAGCCAGGGCAGCCGCUUCAGCACCUCCGCAGCCACAAUGAUGAAACUGGUAUUAACUGAAUGGCAAUUAUGGAUUUUUAACUCUCAUUCACAGUAAUCCGACAAGCCAUAUGUUUAAAAUCCAACCAAAAAUCGUUUUGUUUUGCUGCGAGCUGCAUCCGGUUGUGGAAAGUCGUACGAAGAGGAAUGUAAGUGUUACUUGCUGGGGAACACAACGGAAGCAGAAAGAGAAGACGUCUUCACUUAUCCUGUAAAGCUGUACGGUAGUGUUAUUUACAUAGGCAGAGCGAGCGCACGCGCGUGGAUUUUCGGCGGUGAUGAGAAUGGCCCCACAGAAUGCCGACUCGGAAUCUAUGCAAGUUCAGGAGCUGCCGGUACCCCUGCCCGAGCUGCAGAAGCCCGCCGGCGCGGAGCCGCCCGACGAGGCCGGCAGCGAGGGCUCCAUCGACCGCAUCCCCGUGCGCCUGUGGGUCAUGCACGGGGCCGUGAUGUUCGGCAGGGAGUUCUGCUACGCCAUGGAGACGGCCUUGGUCACGCCUGUCCUGCUGCAGAUCGGCCUUCCGGAGCAGUACUACAGUCUCACCUGGUUCCUGAGUCCCAUCCUCGGCCUCAUCUUCACGCCCCUCAUCGGCUCUGCGAGUGACCGGUGCACCCUGAGCUGGGGCCGCCGGCGGCCGUUCAUCCUCGCCCUCUGCGUGGGCGUGCUCUUCGGGGUGGCCCUCUUCCUCAACGGCUCUGCCCUCGGUCUGAUCCUCGGCGAUGUCCCCAACCGGCAGCCCAUUGGCAUUGUCCUCACGGUGCUGGGGGUAGUGGUCCUGGAUUUCAGUGCUGAUGCGACCGAGGGACCCAUCCGUGCCUACCUGCUGGACGUGGUGGACAGCGAGGAGCAGGACAUGGCCCUCAACAUCCACGCCUUCUCUGCCGGCCUCGGAGGGGCCGUUGGCUACGUGCUGGGCGGGCUGGACUGGACGCAGACCUUCCUGGGCUCCUGGUUCCGGACGCAGAACCAGGUGCUGUUCUUCUUCGCGGCCGUCAUCUUCACGGUGUCGGUGGCCCUGCACCUGUGCAGCAUCGAGGAGGGGCAGUACAGCCCCCAGCAGGAGCGCAGCGCGGGGGCCCCCCCGCCCCCUGCCGCCCACCCCAGCCUCCUGGACGGCGGCGCCCUGCUCCCCGAUGAGGUGCAGUCCGAGCACGAGCUGCCCCUGGACUUCCUGGACGUGGACCUGGUGCGCAGCAAGAGCGACUCGGUGCUGCACGUGCCGGACGCCGCGCUGGACCUGGAGCCCGAGCUGCUCUUCCUGCACGACAUCGAGCCCUCCAUCUUCCACGACACCUCCGGCCCCGGCACGCCCCACAGCACCAGCCAGGACCUGGCCAUGGCCAGGCUGCCCCGCCUGCCCUCCCUGCUCAGGGACACCGCCCAAGAGGGUGCCACGCUGCUGGGCAAUCACGUGAACAACACCCAGGUCCCCAACGGCAGCGGCAGCGGCUCGCUCCUGAAGGAUGGCCCGCACGGCUGCCCCAGGGUGGCCCUGAAGCCCUCGGCCACGUCCAGUGCCAUGCGGCGGCGCAGGCACGCGUUCCACCGCCAGGCCUCCAGCACCUUCUCUUACUACGGCAAGAUCGGCUCCCACCGCUACCGCUACCGGCGCGCCAACGCCGUGGUCCUGAUCAAGCCCUCGCGCAGCAUGAGCGACCUGUACGACCUGCAGAAGCGGCAGCGGCAGCGGAGCCGGCACCGCAACCAGAGCGGGGCCACCACGUCCAGCGGGGACACGGAGAGCGAGGAGGGCGAGGGGGAGACCACCGUGCGGCUGCUGUGGCUGUCCAUGCUGAAGAUGCCCCGCGAGCUGAUGCGGCUGUGCCUCUGUCACCUGCUCACCUGGUUCUCCGUCAUCGCCGAGGCUGUCUUCUACACCGACUUCAUGGGCCAGGUCAUCUUCGAGGGCGACCCCAAGGCUCCCUCCAACUCGACCGCCUGGCAGGCCUACAACGCAGGCGUGAAGAUGGGCUGCUGGGGCCUGGUCAUUUAUGCAGCUACUGGCGCAAUCUGCUCAGCCUUGCUACAGAAGUACCUGGACAACUACGACCUGAGCAUCAGGGUCAUCUACGUGCUGGGGACGCUGGGCUUCUCCGUCGGCACGGCCGUGAUGGCCAUGUUCGCCAACGUCUACGUGGCCAUGGCCAUGAUCAGCACCAUGGGGGUCGUGUCCAUGAGCAUCUCCUACUGCCCCUACGCGCUGCUCGGGCAGUACCACGACAGCCGGGAGUACGUUCAGCACAGCCCCGGGAACUCCAGGCGCGGCUUUGGCAUCGACUGCGCCAUCCUCUCCUGCCAGGUCUACAUCUCCCAGAUCCUGGUGGCCUCUGCCCUCGGGAGCGUGGUCGACGCCGUGGGCACUGUGCGUGUCAUCCCCAUUGUGGCCUCCGUGGGCUCUUUCCUGGGCUUCCUGACGGCCACGUUCUUGGUCAUCUACCCAGAGGUGUCGGACGAGGCCAAGGAGGAGCAGAAAGGCCUGUCUGCCCAGCCCGGGGGCGAAGGCAGCGGUGAGAAGCCCACCGUGCUGAGGCUGACCCGGAAGGAGCGCCCGCAGGGGCCCGUGGAGACGGAGUCCGUGGUCUGAGUCGAGCUCCUGGGCACACGCGGGCCGCCGGGCAGGGCCGGCGGGGGCUGCCCCUUCGGGGGCCGCGCCGACCUGACCUCCUCAGACGGAGCAGUGUCAGUUGUAGGGUAGGUUUGAGCCAGUAGGCGGAAAUACCACUCCGAUUCACUUUUUCCACAAUUAAAAAUCAUUUGAAGUUUUUUUUUAAAUGGAAAAAGACCUUUUGAUUUCAGCUUUGAUUCUGCAAGUAUAUUAUUCUGCAUGUUUUUAAAUUGUAAACCAGAUUUACAAUCUAGACCAUAAGCAAUUUAGGAAAAGAUAAGAUUUUUUUCUAAAGUAUAAUUGAAAACAGGAAAUAUUUGAUGUCCUCUGCUGCAUCUUAUCUGAUCUUUCAGAUAACGGUCAUGUGGUCAGUGACCGAAACAUCCUCACCAGAUUCUCUCUGUGGACGUCUGCAGGUAUCAGGACAUCUGUCAGAUUUCGCCACAUUUUGUUGGUGCUGCAGCUUUGGGAGAGUAUUUUUCUUUACGAUUAUUUUAGAAAAAAUUUUUUUUCCCAAAACUCUUUUUUCAGGCUAACAGAUUGUGCCCGCCCCUGGGCAGCAGGCAUGGUG